UGAUUAUUUUUUUAAUUUUGACUUGAAAAAUUCAAUGUAUAUAAUUUCUCUUUUUUUUUUUUUUGGAAAAUCUCAAAUAGAGUUAUUCAAUCCAAAGUCUUAACUUUGAGUAAAUGGAUCCUUUCUUACAAAUAAUCUAAAAAAAUUCAUGUAAAUUUCUUUUGUUAGUACACAAAAAGAGGGAAAUUAUCCUUAAUAAAUACAUGAAGAUUGAAGAUCUUAAAAUGUAAAUACAAAAUUUUUUAAAGGAAAAAAUUGCAUUAGUUGUAAUUCUAUUACAAAAGAAGUAAAAAUGAAAAAAAAAAAACAAAAUAACCAAAGUCCAAAAAAAAAAAAAAUGACAGUGCCCGCAACGCGACAAAAAGGCGCGUGUGGAAUAUUAAGAAACUUCGGCCCCCUUCUAGGAAAACGUCCAACUAACGCCCCAUGCAAAAUCCGCACACACUCUCCACACUACCCACACAAGAAACAAACAAACAAAACUCUUCCCUUCGUUUCCCAAUUCCCCUCCUCCACCGCCAACCGCCGGCGCCGCUGCAUUCUCCCCGUCUCCUUCACCGCCAUUUCUGCAUUUCCCUUUUCUAAUUACAUCCUUCUCUCAUUUCCUUUUCAUCAAUCCAGUCAUUUAAUCUUCUGCCUUCUAUAACUUCCCAAAAAAAAAAAAAAUCACCAUAAAUAAGCCAAACAUAAUCGCAAGAAAGUGACGCCAGAAAGCGAAGAAGAAGAAGAGAAACGCCGCUUUCCCUCUCUCUCCGGCCCUUUCCUUCGACUCUCUCCGUCUCUCGCUCUCAAUUGUUCGCUGAACUUCACUCCUCCGCGCGCGAUCGCUCUGCAUUUCGGUGAAGAAUCUGAACGGAAUCGAUCGACCGAGCGAGAGAAGGGAUCAAUUGAUCAAUCAUGGCGGCCGUGCCUACAUCGACGGUUUCGACGACGGCGCUGUACGUCGGGGACCUGCACCCUGCCGUCGACGAAGACCAGUUGAAGGCGGCGUUCUCCAAAUUCGAGAGCGUCGCGUCCGUGCGCGUGUGCCGGGACUCCACCAACGGGAGGUCCCUCACCUACGGUUACGUCAACUUCAUCUCUCCCCAAGACGCUCUGGAAGCCCUCGAAGUGAUGAACCACACUCCACUGAAUGGGAAACCGAUGAGGAUUAUGUGGUCAACCCGCGAUCCUGAUGCGAGAAAGAGUGGAGUGGGAAAUGUGUUUGUCAAGGACUUGAGUGAAUCUGUCACUAGUGCUGCGCUGCAAGAGCUGUUUGGCCAGUAUGGGAAUAUCGUGUCUUGCAAAGUUGCAACGACUGAUGAUGGAAAGACUAAAUGCUAUGGCUUUGUUCAAUUUGAUAAUGAGGAAUCUGCUAGUACUGCAAUUGAAAAGCUCCAUGGCACCAUGUUUUAUGAUAAGCAGAUUUAUGUGGGGAAGUUCAUUAAGAGAAGUGAUCGAGCUUUGGCUAGCCCCGAUGCUAAAUACACUAAUCUGUAUGUCAAGAACUUGGAGCUAGAUGUCACAGAAGACGUUCUGCGUGAGAAAUUCUCCAAGUUUGGCACAGUGUCUAGCUUGGUAAUUGUUAGGGAUGACAAUGGAUCCUCUAAGGGUUUUGGCUUUGUGAAUUUUGAUAACCCAGAUGAUGCCAGAAGUGCUUUGGAAGCGAUGAAUGGGAUUGAACUUGGAUCAAAGAUCCUGUACGUAGGAAGGGCACAAAAAAAAGCUGAGCGGGAGCAGAUUCUGCGUCGUCAGUUUGAAGAGAAACGCAAGGAGCAGAUACUGAAAUACAAGGGUUCAAAUGUGUAUGUUAAGAACAUAGACGACGAUGUCACUGAUGAAGAACUGAGAGAUCACUUCAGCAAAUGUGGCACAAUCACUUCCUCGAAACUUAUGAGAGACGAGAAAGGAAUGAGUAAGGGAUUUGGCUUUGUCUGCUUCUCCAAUCCUGAGGAGGCGAACAAAGCAGUGAAUACAUUUCAGGGGUGCAUGUUUCACCGCAAGCCAUUGUAUGUAGCUAUUGCUCAAAGGAAGGAGGAUAGACAAAUCCAGUUACAGAUGCAGUACGCACAGCGCAUGGUUGGACUACCUGGACCUUCUACUGGUGUCAUGCCGGGUGGAUAUCCUCCGCUUUACUAUACUGCUCCACCUGGUCUCGUUUCACAAGUCUCUCCAAGGCCUGGACUUAUGUACCAGCCGUUGGGUAUUAGGCCUGGAUGGAGGCCAAAUGGCUUUGUUCCUACAACCAGACCAACCUAUCAACCAGCCCAACUUCCCAUGAUGCCUAAUGCUCAAAGGCAGCCAAGGCAGAACAGGGGUAGGAUGAAUGGCAACAUGCUUCCUCCUCAAGGCAUUGCCAACUCUGCUUCCUAUUUACAACCUGCGUCUCCACCUCUGCCUUCACCAAAAGAUCAAAACAACCAGCGGGCUGCCCCAGUUAAGCACGUCCCAAAUGGUCGCUCACGCGAAUCAAGUAAGUCUCCUGGAGUCCCGUCAGCUGCUCCAAAUUCUUCUGGACCUGCGCCACAAGGAUCAGAAAUGCUGAGUACAAUGCUUGCUUCUUCUACCCCUGAGGAGCAGAAGCAGAUUCUAGGAGAGCGUCUUUACCCUCUUGUCCAGAAGCACAAGCCUGAUCUUGUGGCAAAGAUCACCGGAAUGCUGCUGGAGAUGGACAAUGCAGAGCUGCUUCUGCUGCUGGAAUCCCCGGAAUCUCUGGCCGCCAAGGUGGAGGAAGCCGUCCAAGUGCUCAAGCUGUCCAAGACCAAAGUCUCCGGCGGUGGCCAAGAUAGCAUGCAUUCCGGCUACCAUAUCUCCGCCGAGGUUGCUGUCAACUGAGACAAGGGAGGAUGACUUUAUUCUGCCAAUAUGCUUAGUGACGAUAGAGCACCAAAGUUUUGAUACACAGGAGAAAUCUUUCCCUUUCUUUUUUCUUUCCAAUUCUGGAUUUACCUUAGUGAGGGAGACUUCAGGUUUUUCCAUUUCCGGUUUGCUGGAUUUUUUGGUACAAUGGUAGCUUUCUUUGAUUAGUUCUCUGGAGACAGAACGAUUUUUUUUUUCAAGUAAUAGCAUGGACGAGGAUUUUGGACAAUUCUGCAUUUUGCCUUGCAAUUUACUUUGAUUUUUAUACUGGGCUGACUGCUUAUGGGGUUUCUUAUUUUUCCCCAAGGGUAGGUAAUAGGUUGGGGGUGAUCAAGUAAUCUAACCAUGAUUCUAAAAUUACACAUUUUACUUUUUCAUUUUAGGAUAUAUAUGAUGAUAUUAAUGCAUUAUGUAAUUUGAGAACUCAUUUCAACUUAUGUGUGUCUCAUCAUGAACUCAUUUUCAAUAAAUUUUCUCAUGAACAUAAGUAAAUGACAAUAUUCUCUCUAAUUUUUAACGUUUUCUCGGUCAAUUACUUGUACCUCACUAAGUGCCUCACUAGCGACUUGUAACAUGCACUUGCUUAUCCAAAUUCCAAUCUAUUAGCUCAUGGUGAGAGUUCUUGAUUUGAGAAUAAAAUUUAAAAUAUACAAUUAAUUUUAGAAGAAAACUUCUGAGUUAGUGUGCUAACGACCAUCAAAUUGAAAACGACUUCUAGAAGAGUUGAGCACAAUAGAGAAGGCUCUAGCGCUAUCCAAUUUUACCAUUAUACAUUCUCAGCUGAUAUGCAAUUAGAUCAUGCAAAUUAACAUCUUCAAAAUCCUAAAUUUUAUAGGCCGAGUGAGAGCACAAAAGUCUAGAAAUUGUUAUAUGAUCGAGAUAACGGGUGCUCUUACCUCCAUAGUACUAGAAAGCAUGAAGAAUACAACUAAUUAAUUAGUUUAUUUGGCGAAUUAAUGACUAGGGGAUAU